CAUCGCUUCGUUCUUUCUCUUUGAACCGUCCGUGAAGAAGGUGCGUCGGGAGCGCCAGUGCUUUAGGGAAGUUUUUUUUAAUCAUAAUUGUGAGGUUAGGGUAUCCAUUAGAGGAUACAAGUUAACAAAAAACGAUCCGUAGCAUUUUGGUGCUGCUGGUUUGAGUACACCUACCUUGCGAAAAGUAUUUCAGUGUGCGCGUCUCCGGGCUAAGCAAACCCCCCGUACUAUAAACUUUCUGUGGAGUUCGAUUUUUUCACCCCACGCGCGCGCGUCCGAACACGUUCCCGGGUGUGUCUCUGUGUGGUGAGUGUGAGUGAGUGUGUGCUCGGGAGUGCGAGAUCACCAGCAAAAGAAGGGUGUUGAACGCGCCGCUCUCGUAGGCCCCUUUUUGCGCGAAACAAAAUGGCAGACACACAGGAAACGGAAGUUGUUAACGGUGGGGCGGCGGCGACGGUGGCCCCAACGACGGCCCAAGAGAAUCAAGAAAACAGUACCAAUCAGCCUCAACAGACGGACCAGCAAGCUGCUGCUGCUGCUGCUGCUGCUGCGCCGGCAGCACCGGCAGCGGCGGCUGCGUCCGGAAACGGUAAUACCGAAGCUACCAAAACGAACGGUAGCACGGAAAAUCACACCACCGCCACUACCACCACCGCCACCACCACCGCUGCAGCCGCCACAACCGUGCGCGAUGAUGACAGAAAAUUAUUCGUUGGUGGACUGAGUUGGGAAACAGCAGACACGGAUCUGAAGGAACACUUCAGCCAGUACGGUGACAUCGAGAGCAUCAAUGUGAAGACGGAUCCGAACACUGGCCGCUCGCGCGGCUUCGCAUUUAUCGUCUACAAGAGCGCGGACUCGAUCGAUAAGGUCGUGGCGGUUAGCGAGCAUGUGAUCAACAACAAGAAGGUCGACCCGAAGAAAGCGAAGGCCCGGUACGGCAAGAUCUUCGUCGGCGGGCUGACCUCGGAAAUCAGCGACGAGGAGAUUAAAACCUUCUUCGGACAGUUCGGAAAUAUCGUGGAGGUAGAAAUGCCAUUCGACAAGCAGAAGAACCAGCGCAAGGGCUUCUGCUUCAUCACGUUCGACUCCGAGCAGGUGGUGAACGAGUUGCUGAAGACGCCCAAGCAAACCAUCUCCGGCAAGGAGGUGGACGUGAAGAAGGCAACGCCGAAACCGGAAAACAUGGGCCCGAUGGGUCCAAUGGGUGGACGGGGCGGUAUGCGCGGUCCGCCGCCGCGCGGCAUGCGUGGCGGUCGCGGCGGUCCAGGUGGUCCCAAGGGCGGAUACGGACAAGGAUGGGGCGGCCAAGGCUACGGCGGUUACGGCUACGGACAAGGAUACGGCGGUGGUUAUGGUGAUUAUGGUUACGAUUACUUAGCCAGAUGGUAUGGAGGCUACAAUAACGGUGGUUACGAUUUGUCCGGCGGCUAUUACGGCGACGACUAUGGCUAUGGAGGCUACGAUGGUGGCUACAUGAACGGUGGCGGCCGUCCAGGAGGUCCAAGAGGGGGCAAAGGCGCCGGUGCAUACGGCGGUGGAAAGCAGCGAGGCAACAGUGGUGGUCGCCAACAGCGUCACGCGCCCUACUAAAGGAGCGCUUUGGAUGCUUUCUUCUACCAUACCAUACUCUCUCACCAUCCACAAACCAAAAACCAAACAACAACCACAGCAUAAACGGGGGAAAGUAGAGCAGCACAGGGUUUUGUGUCGCGUCGCGUGUUGUUUGUGUGUGAGAACAUUACACGCAGAGUUGAUCGUACAAAAGAGCGACUUAAGGGGAAACAGAAAACCACGAAGAAAACAAAACUACUACUCCCUCUCCCACUUUCCAACCCCGUCCUUUCUUUCCGACAACAUUUUAUUCUUCAUCAUACUCCUUUGAAUAAUCAAUAAUUUGAAUAAUCACAUACUGCUGGGGCGGCGGCGGCGGUGCCGCCCCCUUCAUGAUGAUAUAACAAAUAGAACUAUUAAACUUUGAUUCAACAUUUUUUCGUUUGUUGUAUGGGUGAGAGAUUGAAGAGGGAGGGGAGAGAGGAACAGAGUUGGAAAGAGAAGGUAUAUGAAAGUAUCAAUCAUAUGUAAAAGAUAUGUGCGCACCGCCACGAAAAUCCCUCCUUCCAUUCCCGCCUCCCCCCUAUCACCAAUCUUGUGAUGGGGGUAAAAUGUGUGCGUGUAUGUGUGCGCAUGUAUGCGUUUAUGAUGCGUUGGGGGGGGGGGGGGGGGAUGACAAUUACUUCAAUUUCCAAAACGUUUAGGUGUAUAGAUAAUAUAGCUAGGGGCCGAGCCAACGAGAGCAUUCUGAGAACAGAUACCCACAUCCAAACACAGACAAAAUAUGGUACCAACGUACAUACCCACACACACACACGCACACAUUUGUCAUACGUCGGCUAAAGUACACGCACAAGUGUGGUGUAGAGGAGGAAGGUGUGCUGCUGUGUGGAUUCCAAGAUCCUUGGAUUCAAUUUAGAAUCAUGAUUUUUAUUAUUAUUUAACUCACUUUUAACUUUGGUUAUUGUGAAAAUCAAGAGAAAAAAUAUAUAUAUGUAUAUGCAAUCACACAAACAAACACUUUUAAAGUAAUGAAAGCGAAGCAAGAAAGGUAUACUACGAAGAGAGAGAGAGAGAGAGAAAGGGAAAGGGGGAGAACGAAGAAUGAACAAACAACCACAUACACACACGCGUGUAGAGUAGUAGUCAACCCUCGGGUUUCUUUCCAGCUGUGUAUUUCCUUCAAUCCAAAAACAAAAAACAAAAUAACGUAGUAGUAUUAAGGCGAAAAAGAAUCCAACUCUUCUCACGACACACACUCUUCACAAGCCUCGCUUCUUUUUUGUCAUCGCGCGUGUGUGUGUGCAAUGAUGGGGGAUAGUUUGCUUCAGACUGUUCAGAUGCUCUAGGUGGUGUUGUAUGUGUGUUGGGUGCACGUGCGAGUGGGUGGUGUGUCUGUAGCGAGGGAUAAUUCGAGACUAUUAAAAAAUUAGAUUAGAAGCGCGCGCGCACGCCGCGCAGGACACUCUCUGGCAGUUUUAACGCGGAUAAAUGAUGCGAAUAUCGACCCGCACACACAUACUCCCUCACACUCAUACUCGUGCGCCGCCCCCCCCCCCACCCCAAAACGUAAGAGAACCAUUAAUAUUAGAUAACAGGGUGGUGUGUGUUGGCAUUAUGGGUGUGUGUGUGUGUUGUGUUUGAUCACGGACUCCUUAAUUUAUACCGCCGCGCGCUUCACACAGAUUGCGAGCGUGUAUGCGUGUGUGUAUUUUUUUUUUAGUAGUUAAGCUCAGGAAUUAGGCAAGAUCUGUUUUUUAAGUUCUGUUUCUUCAAUCGUGCACAAUUACGCUCUUGGCGGGGCGGCACCACACUACUCUGGCGGCAUUUCCAAAUCUUGCGAAGGGGGAACACAGCGGGGAACGAGGGAGAUUAAACCGUAACCAAAAAUGGAAGAAGCAAAAAAAAAAAGAAAGGAACGGGUGUGAUGAACUCAUAAUUGAAAAACUCUACUACCUUAUUGCAUAGUAUAUUACUUGUCCCCGAGGAGCUAAUUUGAUUUUAGUGACCACAUUUCAUAAUAGACUAGCGUCGUGAGAGCGACGGGGGGAAGAGAGGGUUCGAGAAGAGUGAAAAAUCCAGGAUUUUACGUGGCAACUCGGAUGAUCAUUCGGGAUGGAAACUAAUUUAAGAAGCAGAGAGAGAAAAAACAGAAAACAGUAGGAAAAACACACCCUCUCUGAGAUAGCACAUGCAAAUUUAUGUACAGCUUAUAUUAAAGUAAUCCUUCGUUUUCCAUCUCCAUUGAUGUAAAGCAGAAUUUUCCAUGGAACUCACACAUGUGUUGUGAGUGUGUGUUUGUGUGUGUGUGCGAGUUCGUGUGCGAAGUUUAUUUGUGGGCGCGGCGGCUUGUCUCCCUCGCCAGGCUCGAUACUUAUCAUGUAAGAUGAGCUAAAUAAAAACGUAUAUAUGAAGAACACACGAAAAGCAUGCGAUUGGCGCUCAUCGAUUGAAACAUCGGUGCGUGUCGUUUGCCCUUGGGGGUUGUGUUAGAGAUAUUUGCCGGAUUAAUUUAUUGUUCAUUUCGACGUCACAACAACCAUCAUUUUUGUUUUGUUUUCGAUUAUAAAUCCACUUCCGGGUAGGGGAUUGCGUGAUAUAUAUUGCUUGCUACAGUUGUACAUGCUGACCCACACACACAAACACACACACAUACACUAAAGCCGCUCCUUGUAAUUUAAGUUCGAGUUUAAAAUUCAAACACAAAUAAGUUUACUUAAAACGGAAACAACAGAAAAGAAAGUUUAAGAGAGAGAGAUAGUGAUGCUGCAGCCAAUUUGCGUUUAAAACGGGAUUUCGUUAUUCGGGGGAGAGAAGGCAGCACUCUCCUGGUGAAACGAAAAUGCGGAAAAUUAUGUGUACGGUGUGGGUGGGAGAUAGUAACUUAUCCUGCGCGCGCGCGCGCAGUGUUGGGAAAACAAGACGACGACGACGACGACGCGUGUAUGAUGUACAAUUUUUGCUCUGAAUUCAAACUAAAGGUGUACACCGCUAGGGGAAGAGAAAGAAGAUGGUACAACAACCAAGUUCAAUGUAUUUUUGAGAUUUUCCAGAAGGUAAAAAUAAAAAUAACAAAAACACUAAGCCAACAUGAAA